ACAUAGCCCACUACGGCUCAAUAUUAUUGGACACAGUCAUGCUGAUGCGAUUGGCCCUGAGGUAGUUGGUUGUAUUAUUAUUGAAGUAACUGCUCUAAGCUGAGCAACAGUCUUUGCAAAAUGCGCGCUAUUCGGCUUAUACUGGUUUUCUUUAUUGUUGUACAGCUCAGGCGACGCAUCGACGCGAGCGAGCCGGACGAGCCUGAAUGCCUUGUGGCAAAUGAUACGGAUAUUUGUACGGACAAGCUUUUGAACUUCUGGCUCUAUAGGCAAGAUCUGAAAAAGGGCAAGCAAAUCAAAGUCGGAGAUGAUUUGAGUGCUGAGCUAAAGGGGAGCAGGCCCAUGAAAAUUCUUAUACAUGACAUGAAUGGCAACCGCAAUUCCACGCCCAGUGAGCAGCUGCGCUCUGCUCUGCUGAAGCUUCCGGACAACAAUGUAUUAUCCCUGGAUUUCAGUCCGCUGGCCAAAGAACCUUGCUAUACGCAACUGGCGCAGAGUACGCGCUACAUAGGCAAAUGUCUAGGAGAGCUGUUGACCUCGCUAGUGGAGAAGAAGCUGGUGGAUGCGCCCAAGUUGCAUUUAAUUGGCUAUGGCGCCGGCGCUCAUGUUGCUGGCUUUGCUGCCAACUAUCUGCAGAACGCAACCAAAGCGCUCGUGGCUCGCAUAAGUGGCUUGGAUCCUUCCAAGGCGUUCUUUCUCACCAAGGACAUUAACGCACGCUUGGAUGCCAGCGAUGCGGACUUUGUUGAUGUCAUACACAGCGAUGUCUUUAUCAGCGGACUGCUGCAGCCGAUUGGCCACGUCGACUUCUAUCCCAACCAGGGCGUUAACCAACCCAACUGCGGACCCAUUGAUGAGCUUACCACCCAUAACUGCUAUCACCAACGCUCCGUGGAGUACUAUGCCGAGUCCAUAUCGACUAAAACUGGCUUCUGGGGCUUUCACUGCAGCAAUCUCUAUGACUUCACCACGAACGUGUGUCAGCCAAACUCAAAUGUGGCUGAGCUUGGCUACAAUGUCAGCAUCGAGGCACGUGGCAGUUUCUUUUUGAAAACAGCAGAGAAGUCGCCAUAUGCACGUGGCAAGAUCUACAAUGAUCUGGAUCGCGGCUUGAAGGGCAAAACCUUUUUGCCAGAUAAAUUUUUGAAUCAAUUGCGGCAAAUGGGCAAUAUGACGCGCGGGUUAAGCACAUUUCAAUAAAUUGUAAAUAUGUAAUUGCAAAAAUAUAUAAACUAAA